AUGAAUCCUUCUUUGAAUCCAACCACAGGGUGGUCUUUUCCUUUGGACUUGAAAGAAUCAUUGCAAUUAACCAAUUUCUCUUUUGUGCACUGUAAUUUGGUUGGACCAUUGCCUGAAUUUCUAGGCAUAUUGCCUUCACUUUUGAAUCUGAGACACUUAUACAACAGAAUCUCUGGUGGAAUCCCAAACAGUUUUGGCCAAUCUUUAAUUCAGGUUUUGUGGCUUAACAAUCAAGAAGGUGGUGGCAUGAGUGGUUCUAUUGAUGUUAUUGCCUCAAUGAAUUUUCUUACACAGCUUUGGCUUAAUGGAAACAAGUUCAAUGGAAAAAUUCCAAACAACAUUGGGAAUUUAACUUCCUUGAAGGAGAUCAACCUCAAUGGAAACCAACUUGUUGGUUUGAUUCCAGAAUCAAUGGCAAACAUGGACCUUGAUCAAGUUGAUUUAAGCAAUAACAUGUUAAUGGGCCAAUACCAAAGUUUAAGGCUGCUACACAAGAAAAAUCAUAGUGGUACAUUGAGUCCUUCAAUUGCUAAGUUGAAUUCACUUGUUAGGAUUAUGCUUGCACAAAAUAAUAUAAGUGGCAAAGUCCCUAGUAAUUUUACUGAAUUGAAAUCACUGAGUUUGUUGGAUUUGAGUUAUAAAAAUUUUGAGCCUCCAUUGCCAAAGUUCAAUGAUGGUAUGAAGGUUGUUAUUGAUGGCAACCCUCUUUUUGCUGAUCAACAUGGAAACAGUCCUUCACCUAUUAGUAGUCCACAACCUUCACCCCAGAAUCCGGCAUCACCACGGCCUCGACUCUCUCUGCCACCAAAACCAAAACCAACACCCUCGGAUAUGCCACCUUCCCUUGCUUCGGUUCAAAGAUCAAAUGGCUUGAAAAGAUCAAAAUUGGUAGUAUUACUUGUUGGUGUCGGAAUCUUUACAUUUGUGGCUGUUUUGCUUGUUUCUCUAUUUGUAUGUUGUUUGAAGAAGAAAAAGGCUCCUAACAGUCAUAACACUCACACUCAUGAUACAUAUAAUCCAGAAACAGUGUUGAAAUUUGCAGUUUCAAGCUGUGAUGCUGAUACCAAGUCAACAAAGACAAUGUUAAGUUCUGUGAGUAACUUGAGUGGUGAAACAGAAAACACUCACAUGAGUGAUUCUCGAAACUUUGUAAUAUCAGUACAAGUUCUACGCGAGGUGACAAAGGAUUUUGCAACCAAAAAUGAGCUAAGGCGAGGCGGGUUUGGAACCGUUUACAAGGGAGAGCUAGGAGAUGGAACGAAGAUAGUAAUGAAGAACUCAAACACACUGUGA